GUUGAUAAAGCGCAGAGCUUUACAUAAGUUCUAAGCUAUUGGGAAUUUUUCAUAUAUAUACCAAACUGCCUCUAAUUUCAUUGCUUUUCCCCUCCGCCACCACCAAAUUAGUCCCUCUCUCUCCCUACAUAUAUGCUAAUGUAUUUAUAGUUUUGAAGCCUCGAAGCUCAAACCAAAUAGCUGGAUGGUGAAAGAUUGAGCUUUUAACCAAGGAUAAUUGUGGCACACAUUGGAUUAGUGGUGAAUUCAAGAAAGCCAUCAUAGCUCACACUGAAAUCUGGGAAAAGUGUAAGGAAAGGCUUAAAUCUUUGAAGAUAGAUAUUGGGAAACAUCCCAAGAAAAGGAUUGUAUCUUGUUGGCAGAUGAGCUGAUUUUAGGAGUUUCUGUUGGUGGGAUUUCAUUAGCAUUAAGCUGCAAGAGCUCAGAGAUUUUCAGAGAAAGGUGUUCUAUUUUUUCACAAUGCCUCUUUCAGAGUUUUUGAGAAUGGCUAGAGGAAAACUUGAAUCUAGCCAUCAGAAACCGGCCCCAGCCGACAUCUCUUCUAAGCCUGAGAAUGAAUUAGUUGAACUAGUUUGGGAGAAUGGGCAGGUUAUGAUGCAAGGUCAGCCCAGUAGGGUUACAAGAAGCCCUACACUUGCCACAUCGAGAGCUCGUGAUUCAACCACUGCAAGGUAUGGAAAAUAUGGAGUUGAGUGUAUCAUGAAUGAUAUGGCAUCGGUGGUGCCUUCAGGGGACAUGGAUUUAGGCCAAGAUGAUGAGAUCGCUCCGUGGUUAAGUUAUCCCAUGGAUGAUGCUCUCGGACAAGGUUAUGCUUCCGAGAUUCUGCCUCAUAUAUCUGGUGUUACGGCUAAUGGAUUGUCUACACAGAAUAGCUUUGCAUCAGUGGACAAGAGGAGUAGUUGUGAGCAGACCGUUAGUAAUCUGCAGAGUGGGGCUAACAAUGUGAAGGUUUCUUCUUCUAAAGAUCGUCCUUUUGGUUCGUGGCUGCCUCAGCUUCAUCGCCAGACAUCAGACGCCUUAGGAUCUGGAGUCACGGAUGUUGUUAGCAAUAACUCGAAAGACCAACUGGAUGCUGUAUUCAGGAAUCCAGCUCAAAGUAGAGAUACUGUUAGCAUUCAACCACCUACUAAUCAUUCGAAUUUUCUCAACUUCUCCCAUUUCUCAAGGCCAGCUACUCUUGCCAAAGCAAGCCUCCCAAACUCUGAUGGAAUUCCUAAGUCGGUAUCGUCAGUUGUGGAGAGAAAUGAAAAUAAGGAAAAAGGUUCAUCUGCCCAUCACAGUAAUCCAGUCAAAUCUAUACACCUCGAGCAAGCUAAGAGCGUGCCAAAAGACUUUGAGUCCCAUGGUUCUGGUGUAUAUCCUGCGGUGGGUUCUAGUGAACCAGUCGUUAAGGCAUCUCAAGGUUCAUGCCCUCCAGAAAGAGCCGAUAAUUUGUGCAAAGAAAUUUCCAUCAAGAACGACAAGCCACUGAUUCCAAGCAAUAACUACAGUUCUGCAAAAGGAGCUCCUGAGGGUGAUAGGACCGUUGAGCCUAUGGUUGCUUCUUCUUCUGUUGGCUCUGGAAAUAGUGCUGAUAGACUUUCUUGCGAGCAAACGCAAUAUUCAAAAAGAAAGUUCUGCGAUAUUGAGGACUCAGAAUGCCGUAGUGAUGAUGUUGAAACCGAAUCUGUUGAUGCAAAAAAAGCAACUUCUGUGAGAGGAUCUAAGAGAAGCCGGGCAGCAGAAGUGCAUAAUCUUUCUGAAAGGAGACGGAGAGAUAGGAUCAAUGAGAAAAUGCGUGCUUUACAAGAACUCAUACCAAACUGCAAUAAGGCUGAUAAAGCUUCAAUGCUCGACGAAGCCAUUGAAUAUCUAAAAACCCUCCAACUACAAGUACAGAUUAUGUCCAUGGGUUCAGGGUUAUGCAUGCCUCCAAUGAUGUUCCCGGCCGGAAUGCAACCAAUGCAUCCUGCUCAUGUUCCACAUUUCCAACCAAUGGGCGUCGGAGUGGGUAUGGGCAUGGCUUACGGGAUGGCUAUGCCGCCAGACAUGAACGCUGGAUCCUCCAGCUGUCCUAUAUAUCCUGUUCCUCCCCUCCAAGUACCACACUUUCCCUCUACUGUGCCCGGGCUUGCCAAUUUCCAGAGAAUGCCUGGUCAAAACCAUCCAGUAUACGGUCAUCCUGCUCAAGCAUAUCCGAGUUCAGUCCCAAGACCACCCUUCGUUCCUCUAGCUCCACGCCCCCCUUUAACAUGUGCCAUGGGAUCAAGUACUCUGAGAAAUUGCGAAACUCCUAGUACAUCUCAAAAUAUCAAGUCUGAGGAUCCAGCAAAAACCAUGAACUUGCAGCCAAUCUGCAACGCCGAAGCUAGGAGCUCAAUCCACAACAAAUCCAACCAGCCUGGAAAAGAAGUUGUAGAUCAAUCGGCUGGUGUGCAAGAUAACAAACGUGCCACGGACUCAACGGACAUCAACAAAGAACCAGGGUGUGAUUAGCAGGACGCGUGGCUGCUGGCAUUGUCCCGUUGUCGACAUCUUCCUCAGCACGACAUUACCCCAGGUCGUCGAAUGAGGUCAAAGUCUUAUGAUAGACUGCACAGAGUUGGAGAUAUUUUGUUUAGUAGAAAGUAAGAGCUAUAUACAUAUAUAUAGUGUAUAUUCAUGAGAAUUGAGUUUGGUAAGGGUUGAUCAAUGCCAAGAAUAGGUCUCUUGCUAAAUAAGGUGACUACUGGUUAGAUACAUUUUAGCUGUGUUGAUACAGUUUUUGUUUUUGGAAUUAUAUUUACUACUUCCACCACAAGAAAUAUACUACUAUCUUUUUUCUUCUAAAUUUUCAUAUUGCCAUUGAAUGUUGUUUGUUUUGA